CAUGUUAAAAGAGAAGAUGAAACUAGAAGGAAAAAGUAGGUGGAGAAGGAUAAGGUGACGAAGCAAUUUCCCAUCACCUACUCUUGCUUUGCUUCUCAAGUACGCCCCAUUGUUUACUUUAUUCUCAAUUUCCCAUCUCGUGAUUCUGAUUCCCUCCUUUUCUAUACUAAGAUCCAAAAUGGGUGAACAGAAAACAUGAGAUCAUUCAUAGAUAGAAGAGUAAAAUUUCACUCACAUAAUAAUAAUGGGGUCUAUGGGUAACUCAAAUCCAAAUCCAAAUCCAUGGACUCCAAAGGAUUGUUCUGAAGGAAUUUGCAGCAUCUAUUGUCCUCAGUGGUGUUACAAAGUGUACUCUCCUCCCCCUCCAAUUCUACUAGGUGAUGGCGAUGAUGACCCUUCAGGCUUUGAAUUCUCUCCUCUCAUAGUUGCUGUGAUUGGAAUCUUGGCUAGCACUUUCAUCUUGGUCACUUACUAUACCAUUAUCUCAAGGUUCUGCAGGCGCAGAAACAACACCAAUGAUUCAACAGAAGACGAUGGAAACAGCGAAUUGGCUCGAGUUUCUUCUUCUGCCAAUUCUGGCUUAGAUGAGGCUCUCAUCAAAUCCAUCACGGUUUGCAAGUACAACAAACGUGGUGGUUUGGUGGAAGGUCACGAUUGUUCGGUUUGUUUGAGCGAGUUUGAAGAGAAUGAAGACUUGAGAUUGUUGCCCAAAUGCAACCAUGCUUUUCAUCUCCCUUGCAUUGAUACUUGGCUCAAGUCUCAUGCCACUUGCCCUUUGUGUCGUGCUUCUGUCACCGCUUGUCCGAAUCCGAAUUCAUCCAUGGAACCGCCACCAAGAGUCAUUGUUAAUGCCUUGGAACACCAGCAAAGGAGUAACCAUGUUGUUGUCGUUGUUGAGAGUUCCGAGGAACAAGAGAAGGUGGUUAGCUUUGAUGCUCAUACUUUGAGUGACGGUGAAGGGUAUCACACAUAAGAAAAGCUAACAUUGGGAACAGAUCUGCUUCAACAGGUACAUAGAUCCAUGUUCACAAGGCAUAUACAUAUAUAGUAAGGGAAUGAAUUAUGUUCUUCCAAAUUGAUGGUAAGUUCCAACUGUUCUCUGAAACAUCUGUAACAUAAUAGAAAUUCUUGAACAUCAGGAUCAUUAUUAAUGUGAAUUUUACAGAAAUUUUAACACUUGCAAAUUUGGUUUACGGUGGACUCGACGAGCUCUGUUUCCUCUGAGAAUGGGAUUAUUAAAUAUUAGAUUUUUUUAUGUCUUUACAUUGUAUUAUAUACUAUAUUGGUUAAUUAUUGUGAGUUUUAUGUUGAUGCAAUGACAGUUUACAUUGAUAUGA